UCUCUUUGUCUUUAUUCUCUCUUGCUUUCUCUCUUUCUCUCUUCCUCCAUUUGAUGUGAUAUGCUCCACUAACAAUAUCCCAUUCCAAAAAUUAAACCCCAAACUUUACAAAAGAGAAUUUUAGAUCAUUCAAGAAACUAUGGUUUUUUCCUCUAUUUCAGCUUAUCUUGAUCCAGCCAACUGGCAACAGCAAGCGGGAUAUAGCAUCCCAAAUCCUCAGUUCCCAUCAUCACCACCACCACCGCUGCCACUAACCAGUCCACCGCCAGCUCAGCUUCAUGGGGGUAUUGGAGGUUCCAUCCGACCAGGCUCGAUGGCAGAUCGAGCCCGGUUAGCUAACAUACCAAUGUCUGAGGCUGUCCAAAAAUGCCCUCGAUGUGAGUCAACAAACACAAAGUUUUGCUACUUCAACAACUACAGCCUCUCCCAGCCUCGUCACUUCUGCAAGACCUGCAGAAGGUACUGGACGAGAGGGGGCGCUUUGAGGAGCGUCCCCGUGGGUGGCGGUUGUCGUAGGAACAAAAGAAGCAGCACUAGUACUACUACUACAACUACUAAAUCCAACAACAACAAUAAUAAUACUCCCAAGUCUGAAACUUCUAGCCAAGCCACUAAUUCUGGUUCCACAAGCAACAAUAAUAGUACUUUUUCAAGUCCAUCAGCAGCAGCUAGUUUAUUAGGUCUAAUGAACCCUCAAAUUCAUCACCCUCUACGUUUCAUGUCACCUUUAGGCCAAUUGACUGAUCAUCACUUCACUCCAAAUGACAAUGUUACCCUUAAUUACUCAUCAAUUUCUUCGUCAUCACCAGCUCCAGUCGCGGGAAACAAUGAAAACAUGAAUUUUCAGCUCGGAAUGAGUAGUAAUUUAGAGCAAUGGCGGCUUCAUCAGCAACUGGCAAACCAAUUCCCUUAUAAUUUGUACGGGGGAUUGGAUUCGUCUUCUGGUUCUGGUUCUGGGCUUUACCCUUUUCACCCGAGUCAUUAUACAAGUAAUGACGCGGGUGGUGGUGUUACAAGUCAAAUUAGGCCAAAAAUUUCGAACCCCGUGUUGACUCAACUGGCAUUGAUGAAGAUGGAAGACAAUCAAGAUCAUGCAAGUAAUAUGCCACGACACUUUUUAGGGAACGAAAACUGGCUGAGUAAUGGUAGUGCUAAUUGGAAUGAGCUUUCCGCGAGUUUUAGCUCUUCUUCCACCAGUAAUGCACUAUAAUUACAAGUCGAUGAAAUGUUUAGAAAAAGAGCCAAAAUAGUCGCGGAUGCAGAAUUAGCACUAUCUUGUUUCCAAUUCUGUAUCUUACCUUCUUUUCCUAUGUCGAUGUUGUCGUUUGGAAGCUGACAAUUUUGUCAGUAAAACUUUCUAAUGUAGAACGAAUUCAUAUGCUAGGAAGAAAUAUUGUGUUGAAACCCUAGAAUUGGUAGGUUUUUUUUUUUUUUUUUUGGUUUCGUUAUUUCGGGGUUAUCUUUCCAUUUAUUUGUAAUUUGCUUUGUUUUGAUUAUGCCGAAUGUGUUUGGAGAGAGAGUGUACUUUUUUAGUUCUUUGUAUUGGCACGUUAUGUUAGAAAUGAAAUCCAUAUUUCUGAAUAUUUUAGUUCUU